AUGGCUCCGAGGAGCCGAACGACCUUGGGCGACGACAACCCAAUCGAAGAAAAGAGAAGAGGGAUGGGGGGCGGUGGCGCGGAAGCCGUCUCAUCGUCGAUGACUCCGUGGGGCCGCGACGAUCCAAACGAAGAGAAGAUAGGCGGCCCGCAGGCGGUUGCAUCGUCGACGGCUCCCCGGCGCAGGGUAGCCUUGGGCGCCGACGGGCGCCCCCUCGACGGCGUCAUGCGCGGUGAACUGCUUCGCAACUUGAAGCAUGGCGAUGGAUCCAUCUACACAAGCAACAGUUACUGGGCUAGAGUUUAUCGUCUCUACGAUACCAGCGAGAGUGAGAUGGAUAACAUUCUUCUAGUUGUAGGACCCGAGCUUAUUGGGGAAAGAGGUGCCAUUCUUGUGAAUGAUAUCCCAGUUCCAAGCCUGUUUAAAUCAAUCAUGAACCCACUGUUUUCACACACUGCUGCUUAUCCUAGAACGGCCCACAUACUCACAAAAGUCACCAGUGCUUGUCUGGAGUCAAUGAUGAUGACGGUGCCUUAUGACAGUUGCAUGCCUAACUGGAGGGUUUGUAAAAGGCAUGCCUAUCGCACCAUGAUGCAGAUAUUCUCGCUGAAGCUAGCUUACACUUCUUCAUAUGUUGGUGGCCCAGUUCAGUUGUAUGGAUACGUGGCUGUCAGAGAUCUGUUGAACCCUAUGCGAAAUUACGUCUUCAACCGUACAAGAAAUGAUCCUUUGGUGGUCGAGCAUGAUGGCUUUAUACAAAUGUCUGGCCCCAAGAGAGGCAUCAGAAUGCAAGCUCCCGUGCUGAUAGAGUUCAAUCUGAAGAUUAAGACAGGAGGAGAAGAAGAAGGUGAUGAUCAACAGGUCAUUGAUGGUGUUGCCAUAUUCGGCGACAGAAUCUCAGGGCAUGCCAGGGUAAACACGCAGCGAAUGGAUGGUGAUGGUGGCUCAGUGGACAUAAAGUUUGCAGUUCUGGAACGUGCCUCGGAGGCCACUGUACAGGUUGGGAUAUCAGAAAUUGAGAAGGGCAGUUGCUUAAGCUUGUGUUUGGCAGGAUCUUACACUAGCCCAUCUUAUGUUUCACAUGGGAAAAUUCAGCUGUUUGAUGGGGUUAUCACUGCGGAGGCAUCCGAGCUAAGCAGGGCCGUGGUUGCUGUGGCGCGAGAUAGUAAGCUGGUUGUAAAACUGAAGCUUAGUCAGAAGGGUGGGUUGGACAUCCAUCGAUGCACUAUCUUCCCGGUUGAAAAGCAUGGAAGUCAGUCCUUCAUUUUCAAUCUUGGUGUGGCCACUGUGGAGGUGAUGGUAACUUGGUCAACAAUGGAUAUUCCCCAAAGUCUUCUUGGGCCUAAUUGCUUUGCGCAUGAGUUCAUGGCAUCUGAGGGCGUUGAGUAUGUCGAUGAAUAA